CCAUGUCAUCGAGAUGCAUACUAGGGUCUGAAAGGACGUUUGUAUUGCCUCCUCCCCCACCACGGCUCAGCAUUCAGAACUCAUCCAGAACCUUCUCUCACUAGGUGCAACUAUUUCCUUCCCACUUUUAUUACUUUCUUCUACCAAGCCACCCGAGUGUCAACACGGAUCUAACCUUCCUCCAUUAUUUCUCCUGGUUCUGCCCUGUCCUUGCCUCCUCCCCUCUCCACCCAGAGAAAGCCCCGCCCUUCCCUCCUCCCUCCCCACCAGUCUGUCACACAGGGACAUCACCCUACAGCAGUUCAGGCUGUGGUUUGAAGGAAGCAUACAUUGGCUUUUUGGUUCGUGCUGGUUCCCAGUUCACUUUGGGAGGAUCUAACACCAGCUUUCACGGGAAGGGGUAACCAAGGACAGAAAGAGCUUGGUGGUCCCAACCCUGGAUCCGAGCCAGCCCGACAUGGGAGACGCCACCCUCUUACCCCUCCCCCCAGCGGCUUCAUCACGACAGCCCUACCCCGGCGCUCGUCCUCACCCCGGUAGCUCCUGCCCCUUUAAGCGCUGCCUCCCCGCCCUCACCCCCCCGCGCGCCGGCCCAGGGCUGGGGGAGGAGGCGCCGCCGCCCGGCUCCGCCACCUGCACCGCCGCCGCCGCCGCUCGGCCCAGCUCCAGGAAUCUUAUUGACCCCCAAGGCCCUGCAGAUGUCGCUGGGAAAGUGGUGAUCCAGGCAGCCCCCACAGGACAGAGAGAAAUGGAGGCAAACGACCAUUUUAACUUUACUGGCCUUCCCCCUGCACCUGCUGCCUCAGGACUGAAACCCUCUCCCUCAGGGGAGGGCCUCUACACUAACGGGUCUCCCAUGAACUUCCCCCAGCAAGGGAAAAGUUUGAAUGGGGAUGUGAAUGUUAAUGGCUUAUCUACUGUAUCUCACACUACUACUUCAGGGAUUUUGAACUCUGCUCCCCACUCCUCCAGCACCUCACACCUCCAUCACCCCAGUGUGGCCUACGACUGUCUCUGGAACUACUCACAAUAUCCAUCUGCCAAUUCAGGCAGCAACCUCAAGGACCCACCCCUGCUCUCCCAGUUCUCGGGAGGACAAUAUCCACUCAACGGCAUCCUUGGGGGCAGCCGGCAACCUUCAUCCCCAACUCACAACACUAACCUCCGGGCUGGGAACCAAGAGUUUUGGGGCAACGGUACCCAGAGUCCAAUGGGACUUAAUUUCGACUCACAGGAACUGUAUGAUUCCUUUCCUGACCAGAAUUUUGAGGUGAUGCCCAAUGGACCCCCUAGUUUUUUCACCUCCCCACAGACUUCUCCUAUGUUGGGAUCCAGCAUCCAAACCUUUGCACCUUCCCAGGAGGUAGCCAGUGGUAUCCAUCCUGAUGAGACGGCAGAAAAGGAGUUGACUUCAGUUGUGGCAGAGAAUGGCACUGGCUUGGUUGGAAGUCUGGAGCUGGAAGAAGAGCAACCAGAACUGAAGAUGUGUAGCUACAAUGGCUCUGUCCCUUCUGUGGAAUCAUUACACCAGGAGGUUUCAGUCUUGGUCCCUGACCCCACAGUGAGCUGCUUAGAUGAUCCUUCACAUCUUCCUGAUCAACUGGAAGACACUCCAAUCCUCAGUGAAGUUUCUCUAGAACCCUUCAACACUCUGGCACCAGAGCCAGUGAGUGGAGGACUCUAUGGCAUAGAUGACACGGAGCUGAUGGGUACAGAGGACAAACUGCCUCUUGAGGACAGUCCUGUGAUCUCUGCCCUUGAUUGCCCUUCCCUCAAUAACGCCACUGCCUUCAGUCUCCUGGCAGAUGACAGUCAAACUUCAGCCUCUAUCUUUGCUAGCCCUACUUCUCCACCUGUGCUUGGAGAGUCUGUUCUGCAGGAUAACAGCUUUGACCUGAAUAAUGGUAGUGAUGCAGAACAGGAAAUGGAGACUCAGACUUCAGACUUCCCGCCACCUUUGACCCAGCCAGCCUCUGACCAGUCAUCCACCAUUCAGCUACAUCCAGCAACCUCACCAACAGCCUCCCCAACAAUCUCCCUGGCAGUUUCUCCAACAGCCUCUCCAGAAAUCUCUCCAGAGGUUUCCCCAGCAGCCUCUCCGGAAAUUUCCCCAGCUAUCUCCCCAGCAGCCUUCCCAACAGUCUGUCCAACUUCCUCAGCAACCCUCCCACUAGUCUCCUCAGAAGUCUGCUUAACAGCCUCCCCAGUGACCUCCCCAAAAGCAUCUCCUGCGCAUUCCCCGGCAGCUGCUUUCUCAACAGCUUCCCCAGCAAGUAAGGAUGCUAGCAGCUUUCCUGAAACCACUGUUGACCUGGAAGUGAUCACUGGAGAAGGAACCACUACUCCCAGUGGUGGUGAUGUUACAAGGAGACGCAUUGCUACUCCAGAGGAUGUUCGUCUUCCCCUCCAACAUGGGUGGCGGAGAGAGGUGCGCAUCAAGAAGGGCAGCCACCGAUGGCAGGGAGAGACUUGGUAUUAUGGUCCUUGUGGAAAGAGGAUGAAGCAAUUCCCGGAGGUGAUCAAGUACCUGAGCCGGAAUGUGGUGCACAAUGUUCGCCGCGAGCACUUCAGCUUUAGUCCUCGUAUGCCUGUUGGAGAUUUCUUUGAAGAGAGAGACACACCAGAGGGCUUGCAGUGGGUACAGCUGUCAGCAGAGGAGAUCCCAUCCAGGAUUCAGGCAAUAACUGGGAAAAGGGGCCGACCUCGAAACACUGAGAAGGCCAAGACCAAGGAAGUCCCCAAGGUGAAACGGGGCCGAGGUCGGCCACCCAAGGUCAAGGUCACUGAGCUGUUAAAUAAGACAGAUAGUCGCCUUCUAAAGAAACUGGAGGCUCAAGAAACACUGAAUGAGGAUGAUAAAGCAAAGAUAAUUAAGAUCAAGAAGAAGGUGAAGCAGAAGUUACAAAGAGGAGAGUCUCAAACAACUGUCCAGGGCCAGGCCAGAAACAAGCGGAAACAAGAGAACAAGAGCCUAAGGCAGAAAGAAGCUAAGAAGAAAUCCAAGGCUGAGAAAGAGAAGGUAAAGACAAAGCAGGGGAAAUCGAAGGAAAAAGUGAAGAGGGAAAAGGAGAAAGUCAAAAUGAAGGAAAAGGAAGAGAUGAGUAAAGCCAAGACAGCCUAUAAGGCAGAUAAAACACUGGCCUCACAGAGACGCUUGGAGGAACGGCAGAGACAGCAGAUGAUCUUGGAGGAAAUGAAGAAGCCCACAGAGGAUAUGUGUCUCACUGACCACCAGCCUCUCCCUGACUUCUCACACAUCCCUGGUCUGAUCCUACCCAGUGAGACCUUCUCAGACUGCUUGACCAUUGUGGAGUUCUUACACAGCUUUGGCAAGGUGCUAGGCUUUGAUCCUGCCAAAGAUGUGCCUAGCCUGGGUGUUCUGCAGGAGGGACUUUUGUGUCAAGGUGACAGUUUGGGCGAGGUGCAAGAUCUAUUGGUACGGCUCCUGAAGGCAGCACUCUAUGACCCUGGCUUACCCUCCUACUGUCAGUCCUUAAAGAUCUUGGGUGAGAAGUUGUCUGAGAUCCCACUAACAAGAGAGAAUGUGUCUGAGAUCCUACGCUGCUUCCUCAUGGCAUAUGGAGUGGAGCCAGCCCUCUGUGACAGUCUGCGCACCCAGCCUUUUCAGGCACAGCCACCCCAGCAGAAGGCUGCUGUCCUGGCCUUUCUUGUGCAUGAGCUCAAUGGCUCCAGCCUCAUCAUCAAUGAGAUUGACAAGACCCUGGAGAAUAUGUCCAGCUACAGGAAAAACAAGUGGAUUGUUGAAGGCCGACUAAGGAGAUUGAGAACUGCUCUAGCUAAACGAACUGGGCGAUCUGAGCUAGAGCUGCAAGGUCCAGAAGAUGGCUUGGGGCGGAGGCGCAGUUCUCGGAUCAUGGAAGAGACCAGUGGCAUGGAAGAAGAGGAAGAGGAAGAGACUGCAGCAGCCAUCCAUGGUCGUAGGGGUCGAAGAGAUGGCGAGAUCGAUGUCACAACAUCUAGUAUCCCGGAGCUAGAGCGCCAGAUAGAAAAACUGAGCAAGCGCCAGCUUUUCUUUCGAAAAAAGCUGCUUCACUCAUCCCAAAUGCUUCGGGCAGUUUCCUUGGGUCAGGACCGCUACAGACGUCGGUACUGGGUAUUGCCAUAUUUGGCUGGUAUUUUUGUGGAAGGAACAGAGAGGAGCUUAGUUCAUGAAGAUGUAAUAAAGCAAGAACCUGAUUCUUUAAAAGUAGCAGCCCAUCCAACACCCAGCACAGCAGCCUUCUCUCGCAAGGAGCCAGCUGGGUCCAGCACCUCUGCCAGUUCUCCUGCCCGAGCUCGAGGCCGACCCCGGAAAACCAAGCCUGGGUCUAUGCACCUUAAAUCCCCUGUCAUAGGCCAGGGUUCAGAACAGCCUCAGCCCCAGCUUCUACCAGAGACUCAACUCCAUCCUCAGCUUCCUGCUUAUACCCAGCCCCAGCCUCAUGCUCAGUCUCAUAAUAGGUUCUUAGAACCAGAGGGCUCUCCUUUGUCUUUGGGUCAGAGCCAGCAUGAUCUCAGCCAGUCGGCCUUCCUGUCUUGGUUGAGUCAAACUCAGAGCCAUGGUUCGCUGUUGAGCAGUUCAGUCCUCACUCCUGAUAGCAGCCCGGGAAAACUGGACCCAAUCCUGUCACAGCCCUUGGAGGAGCCAGCACCUGAUGAGGCAGAAUCCAGCCUUGACUCUCAAGCUCCCUGGUUUAACUUCUCAGCCCACAUGCCUUGUAAUGCUGCCCCCACACCGCCCCCUGCAGUUUUGGAGGACCAGACUACAACUUCUCAACUACCUGCUUCUAAGCCAGUUAAUAGACCCAGUGCUGCCAAUCCUUGUUCUCCAGUGCAGCUCUCUUCUACUCCUUUGCCUAUGGUGACCCCUAAGAGGCGAGGGGAUCCUGGAGAAACACCACAGAGUCCCAUGGUGCUGGGACAGCCAAAACGGAGAGGGAGACCCCCCAGCAAGUUCUUCAAACAGAUGGAGCAGCGUUACCUAACCCAGCAGAUAGCCCAGCCUGUUCCCCCUGAGAUGUGCUCAGGUUGGUGGUGGAUCCGAGAUCCUGAGACUUUGGAUGCCAUGCUCAAGGCCUUGCAUCCUCGAGGCAUCCGAGAGAAGGCACUUCACAAACACCUAACUAAGCACAGGGAUUUCUUACAGGAAGUAUGCCUAAGGCCUUCAACUGACCCCAUCUUUGAGCCCACUCAGUUACCAGUCCUUGAGGAAGGAAUUAUGAGCUGGUCCCCCAAAGAGAAAACAUAUGAGACAGACCUGGCUGUGCUUCAGUGGGUAGAGGAGCUGGAACAGCGGGUUAUCCUCUCGGAUCUACAGAUUCGGGGUUGGACAUGUCCCAGUCCAGACUCUACUCGUGAAGACUUGACCUACUGUGAGCAUCUGCCCGACUCCCAGGACGAUAUCACCUGGAGAGGUCGGGGCAGGGAAGGACUGGCACCCCAGCGUAAAACUACCAACCCUCUAGACCUUGCUGUGAUGAGACUGGCUGCCCUAGAGCAGAAUGUGGAAAGGCGGUACCUGCGAGAGCCCCUCUGGCCAGCUCAUGAGGUUGUGCUGGAGAAGGCCUUGCUCAGCACACCCAGCAAUGACUCCCAGUGCACCCCUACUGAGAUAUCAUAUGAGAUCACUCCUCGGAUUCGAACCUGGCGCCAGACGCUUGAGCGGUGCAGGAGUGCAGCACAGGUAUGCUUAUGCCUAGGUCAGCUGGAGAGGUCCAUCGCCUGGGAGAAGUCUGUCAACAAAGUGACCUGCUUAGUCUGUCGGAAGGGUGACAAUGAUGAGUUCCUUCUACUUUGCGAUGGUUGUGACCGAGGCUGCCACAUUUACUGUCAUCGGCCUAAGAUGGAGGUUGUCCCAGAAGGAGAUUGGUUCUGUGCUGUCUGUUUGGCCCAGCAGGUAGAGGGUGAAUUCACGCGGAAGCCUGGUUUCCCAAAGCGAGGCCAGAAGCGGAAAAGUAGUGAUGUGCUGAGCUUCCCAGAGGGUGAUGGCCGCAGACGCCGGGUUCUAUCAAGAGGCAGAGAAAGCCCAGUGAUGCCUCGGUAUUCAGAAGAAGGACUGUCCCCCUCCAAGCGGCGACGACUCUCCAUGCGGAACCACCACAGUGAUCUCACAUUUUGCGAGAUUAUCUUGAUGGAAAUGGAAUCGCAUGAUGCAGCCUGGCCUUUUCUGGAGCCUGUGAACCCACGCUUGGUGAGUGGCUACCGGCGCAUCAUCAAAAACCCUAUGGAUUUUUCUACUAUGCGAGAACGACUCCUCCGGGGAGGGUACACCAGCUCAGAGGAGUUUGCGGCUGAUGCACUCUUGGUCUUUGACAACUGCCAGACCUUUAAUGAAGACGACUCUGAAGUGGGCAAAGCUGGGCACAUCAUGCGCCGCUUCUUUGAGAGCCGAUGGGAGGAGUUUUAUCAGGGAAAACAGGCCAAUCUAUGAGGCCAGGGAAGAUGGGGGAGUCACCUGUGGCCUCCCCCCACCCUCCAAACAACAACAAAAACCCUGCCAUUCUCACCUGCUGAUGCUGCCGUGGGUCCAAACUCAAGUCAGAGAUAGAGCCCUGAUUUCUGACUCUAUCCUUGGCAGCACCCUAAACCCCUUUUCCCUUUCCUCCUCUUGCUCCUCAAAAAAGAGGAACAGAAAUGAGGUCCUUCUGGACUGAAAGCCAAAAAAAAAAAAAGAAAAAAUAA